AUGGUGGACGCCAGCACUUCUAACAAUGUAUCGAUUCUUCGGGAUCUCUAUGAAGGAGAGAAACUAUCUACGAGUUCUUCCACUGUGUCCAACGCUUACAACGAAAAUGAACACCGAAUAAUCAGUAAUGGUCUAGGGAUACGGGUCAAGGAAGUCGAGCGGAAAAGCGGAGCGAAGAAGGAAUCCACUGCCAGGCAUCCGUAUCGAUCAACGAGGUCGAUGGCGAAACAAGCAUGUGAAGAUUCCGCUAUUGUAGAGGACGGAAAAGAAAGCGACUCCGCCGACGUCCAGGAGCUAGAGCGGGAGAAUGAACAGGCUCAUCGCGAGACUAAGGAACUUGUCAGUCAAAUCGAGCUAUGCGAGCUCGAGAUAGAAGAAUUACACGAGCAAAUGAACGUUCUCAAAGCAAGAGAACUUAGGCUCAUACAAUGCGGCGAAGAAAUCAAAGAGGAUCUCACCGAUCAGAUCAAAGACUUGCGUGAGAAGCUUCGAGUAAGCAAGCUUCGAGAGCGGGAGCUCCAAGCGCAACUUGAACGCAGCCGCCAGGCCACAGAAGAUCUUCGAAUAGAGCUUGAGGAAACUAAGUUGAAAGCUAUUCAACAGCUUCGGCAAAGCGAAGCAAGGGAGCGUGAAUCAGAACUACUACAGCAUACAAGAAGAGAGCAUGGGCAGGUGUCACUCGAAUCACUGCAGCAGCUGGUCGAGGCGACUGCCGAGAAUAUUUCACGGCGAAACCUCCCAGCCGCAAAUACACAGCAAGUUAUCUACCAGCGGCAUCCGGGUGAUAUUGAUACCAUUGCCCAGCAGAAUCACAGGAUAUUUGACUUGGAGGAAGCCAAGCAUCAUGCGGAGCGGCGAGCUCAAAAGUACGCUUCAAAGUCUCGCCAGGCCAAUUCAAAGGCCGAAUACCUCCGGCAAGAACUCCUGGAGUCACGUAAGGAAAAGAAAAAGCAACAGAGAGGCGAGAAAGUUAUCGCGUUAUCUAGACAGAGAGGCAUCACGAACAUCUUAGCCUAUACGCAGACAUAA